UGUGACAGGUGGUUUGAUUAGCAACGACAAUUAAACCACCCAACAAAACAACCAGAGGACGAGCUAGCGAACUACAAGGCUGACACACAGGCAAAGGCAACUCCUUGUUUUGAUCUGAUUGUAAAAAACAAAAGGCGGUUAUGAGUGAUUUUGAAGAAUGUUUAACAUUUUCCUUUAACAUUAUGAAGUGAAAAGAAAGGUUACUAGACUAGCUACCGCAGACAAUGGUAGCUGUAGUAGCUAGCUACACUGUUAAAGCUAAGGGGUAUGUGUAUUACAAACAUUUAGUGCUAAAAUGGUUGAAUGUGAGUUAAGAGAGUGAAAUGUAACAGUUUAAGCGACUUUAAAAAAAAGAAUUUAAAGGCAGUAAUUUCAUACUUCCACUUCAACUGUGACAGGUGGUUUGAUUAGCAAAGAUAAUUAACCACCUGUCACAGCAACCAGAGAACUAGCUUACACACAGGUGUUGUGCCGUAGAAUGCACCCCUGCCGUAGAAUGCACCCCCUGACGAGAGCGCGGUUAAAAGUACAUAACAAGGCGAAAUAAUCCAAGUUUCCCUUUCCGUUGGGUGGAUUCAAAGCGUGUGCCAUUAAUGAUUUCAUUCAGGCUAUUCAAAUAAACCGAAAACAUAGACCCUCUAAUUCGGAAUAAUCGCUGUCCCUAAAAUAUAAUUUUCUCUACCUUGACAGCUAACUGUACAGUUUACAUACACAAGUACACCUUAAUAUGUGCAUUUCUGAGACACAUAAAAACAGAGCGAAAGUUUGCUGCUCUAUUUGAUAUAUUGUCAUGAUCCAAUACUUGUGUUUUUUUGUUUUUAAAUAUGAGAUCAUUUUCUUCCACUUUAAGAUGCUACUAAGUGGAUGGGUUGCAGGGGAUGCAUUCUACGGCACAACACCUACGGUACUUUAACUGACACACAGGCAAAGACAACUCCUUGAUCUGAUCUGGUAUUUCAAAAAUAAUUGGCAGGUAGGUACGGGUAAUUUUGAAGAAUGUUUUAACUUUAUCGUUUCUGUCACCAACAUUUACAAGUAUUAAGUAAAAAGAAAGGUUUCCUUACAAAUAUAUAGUAUAUACAGUCUAUGAUUCAAACCCAGGCGAAGGUAGCUGUGGUAGUUAGCUACACCGCUAAAGCUAAGGGAGUAUGAGUCAUCAGUUUGUUUUAUCCGUUUUAACGCUCACAAAUAGAGAGUAUUGUAUUGGUCGUUAUCCAGAACUCUUUUAGUAAUGUUUGGUGUAUUUAAUAACUUAUGUGUCUUUUUGACUACACUUGCCAGAUCAAACUGAGCCAAAUGGAUUUCUCUAGUGGCAACCUACCAUGUUUACCGGAGUCCAGCCCAACAGCCGGCCUUGUAGACUCACAGAUGGUAAUGUGUCAUCUUCUAAACAUAUUCUUCAAUUAGUCCCAGGGAGAUUAAAGUAAUUUAAUCAAUUUUAGGUGAACAGAGCUCGAUAACCUUGAUCAGGUCACAUACAAGUUAGUGAGAAUAGAGAUUUACUUCAAACAAAAAUGGACAUUUUAAGUGUAAAAAAAGAUGCCAGAAAAGUCAAUCGAUCUUUAUUUCACGCCAAUUCACAACAAAUGCUAUUAUAAGUUGCUUAACAAAAGGGGGCUGGUUUGGACUAUACUCUCAAAUCAUAUUGACAAAGACCCAACAUCAAGAUGGAGUGAAAUUGAGACCCAUCCCAUGAGAUAAGACGCCCCUCUAAUCCCAUCGGCAUCUACUAUGAGUGUAUCACUUUUCAGCGUUUAGCAAUUUACAAUUUCAUUACAAAAGGCAGAAAUCUCGAGCAGUAUCAGACUCAUGGUGGACAGUCAUCUGCUGAGACGGUAUUGGGGUUAUAGAGGGAGACGCAGAAAGAGAAAGCGAGAUGAAGACAAACUACAACAGAGAUGUUUGGUAACAGGGGCAUAGAUAAUGGUACAAGUAUGCAUGACAUUUACAGGAACAGCAUGUUGAUUUAAACACUUAUUUUAGUUUAAUUUAUGUUACAUUAAAUUCAUCAGGUCCAUGUAUUUUUAGCAGAGCAGUAAUGGCAUUUUAAUGUUGAAGCUGAGGUAUGGGAGUUGAAUUAGAACAGCUAAAGCAGAAAGAGUCGAACCUUAUUUAUUAUUUUUUUUAACUGUGCUUUUCUAUUUAGACUGGAGAUUCUCAUGACUCACUGAGAACAAAUGCCUCAAGUUUGGGCAUUGCUGAGGUUCAAGAGCAGCACACAAGGUACACACACACAUAGCAAUAAAUUUAUUUACAAGUGGUAUUAUUGUCUGAUCACCAACCGUGGCUCUUGUGUGGUAAAGGCAUUGACAGUUUCAACAUCCCGUAACUUGUUUUCUUUUGCAGCUUAGUCAUUGAUAGCAUCAGAGGAAGAGUUCAAGAUUUAGUGCAAAAGAUUAAUGACCGCCGCACCAGUGACCAAAAAGAGGUGGAUGACUUUGAAGAGCAAUUAGUUACAAGGGUAUCCAAACUUUUUUGUGUUUUUAAUCCACUUUUCUUUGCAAACAAAAUACUCUGUUCUUUUAAUGUUUGAACCCAAUAAUGGAUUAUGGAUUGCUAUGUGUACUUAACUAUUUUUUUGUGUGUGUUUUUAUACUAUCCCUAGACUUUAUAUUUGCAAACUAGUAAAUCUUGUAAAUUUCUAUCAUUUUACAUUUGAAUCCUAGGUGAGAGAGAUGACUCAGCAAAUGAAAGAGGGCUUGUAUACAGUCUAUGAAGAGAACACUAGUGUGAUGCAGACAAAACUGCAGGAGUUGUCUGAGGUCCUUGACAACUGCACUAAACUCAAUGAGGAGCUCAUGGAAGCUAAUCAGGCGCUGUCAAGACUCAGGGAAGGCCUGCCCAUUUACCAGACACCAGAGUAACCUGAUACAAGUUAUUUUGAUAUCCAAGUCAUUUUAAAUCAGUUAUAUUGUUUACAUGUUUAUAACUGUACCCAGAAUUUACAUCAGCAGACUUCUGAAUGAUUAAUUUGUCUCCCAUUCUUGUUUUUUGAAGAGAAACACAGUUUGUUUUGAGGAAACUGGCUCAGAUUACAGUUAUUAAAUCCAUGUGUUUUUAUGUUCAAGAAUCUGUUUGUAAAAGAAAUGAAAUAUUGUUUACAUGUGUAUAACUGUACCCAGAAUUAACAGUGGACUUUUGAAUGAUUAAUUUUUUUUGUUUUUUG